CUCGUUGCGGCGGCGAUGCGGUUCCCCGGCGGGACCCCGCCAGCGCGGUUCUUCCUCGCCCUUUGUGUGUGGAGGCUGGUGCCGCGGCGGGACGCCACAGGAACAGAGGAAGUGGUCUUCGGGAAGGUUGGAGGAAGCAUCCUCCUUUUGUGCCGCAAUGUCUCCAAAGAAGCCACCGAGGUGCUGUGGUUCCAAGGGGAUCCACGCUCUUUCCCCCCACUCUUCUCCUCAAGGGUCGCCUUCCCCCCGGAUGUCCGCUUCUCCCUGGUUGACAACAGCUCUCUGAGCAUCACAGAGCUGCGUGCUCAGGAUGAAGGCAACUACACCUGCAGGGAGGUGCUGAACAAGACGGACCAUGAGCACAGGGUCCAGCUCCUGGUAGCCAAUCCACCACAGUCAACCCCAAAGUGCUGGGCUCAGACCUCCGCAUCGGGGCUGAUGCUGCAGCUGGUCUGCAGCUGGCCUGGGGGUUAUCCCCACCCCACCCUGCACUGGAGAGAAGAGGGACAGGACCUGGAGAACUCGAGCUGGGUCCUCAGCUCCACGAGCUCCUCGGACACCCAUGUGGAAACGCUCAACAGCUCCCACCUCUCCCACCGCAAAGUGUUCAAGUGUGUGGGGAGCCACGUGGUCAGGCAGGAGGAGCCCACGUGCACUGUGGAGAUAACAAUCCCUUCACUGGAAUCAGAUCCCCCAAAGACCUGCUUUGUGGGUGACAGCGUGACCCUGACGUGCCGAGUGACCGAGAGCACCCCCUCAGCGAGGCUCACGUGGCUGCGGGGCAUCGCACAGCCAGGGGCAGAGGCAGAGAUCCAGCCCGGAGGCAGGUACCUCAUCACCCAGGAGGACAACGUGUCCCGGCUCACCAUCCAGAACUGCUCCCAGGCCACCGACGGGAGCUGCUACGUCUGCAAGGCUCAGAACCCCGUGGGGCUGAGGGAGCUCUUCGUCUGCCUCACAGUGAAGGAGCCAGUGAACAUUGUUGGGGUCGUGGGUGCUGUGGUGGUCCUGUCCCUGCUGGCUGUCCUCACUGUCACCGGCGUUGUCCUGUACUACAGUCCCCUGCUGUGCCUCAGAGGUGCUGCUUUCAGGAAUCAAGACUCAGAUGAUGUCCUAGUGCUGGUGGACUCAGAUGAUGACGAUGGGAAUGGGGAAGAAGACGCCAUGAGCAGCUCUGCCAAACAGGAGGUGCUGGCACUGGUCAAUGGGAGCAGCAUUCCAGCUCCUUAUCCCAACUGCCUUAUGGAAGGUGACGAUGGCGAGCAGCAUGGCAGGGGCUCUGCAGAGGAAAUGAGGGGAGAGGAGACACAAGGCUCAUAGUUCCAUGAAGCAGAAGCACACAGAGCUCCAGCUGGAUGCCCAGCGCCAGGCACAUCCUUGCUGUGUGGCUGAGCACAGGCUGUCCUCAGCGGGCUGGAUCGGUCAGAGCAUCCUCACUGCCUUCUCCACUCACCCCUUU